AACAGCUACCGAAAUACAAACUAUGCUACCAACUCUAUUGAGUUAGUCCUCCCUACCAAUCAGCUGCGACGUCAAUGUUUGGCGUGUGUGUGUACGCACGGGGAGUGUCGUUACCACACUGAUAAGACAGCCCUGCCCGUUCAACAAACUUAUAUCACAAUACAGCAGCAUGCCUUAGGUUUUCACUGUUGCGUUAGAUGUCUCGCAUUACAAAACAACAUUCAUACUGUAGCGUUACAUUCUGUACGGACGACAACAAUUGAGUGAGGGAACAUGUGGCUGCCUAUGCUUGGGAUGACUGCCCUGCCGCACCUGGGAGGGCUCGUUGGCGGUUACAUCACACGCAAACAGGUAAAGACCUGGUACACAACCCUGAAGAAACCAUCAUGGCGCCCACCAAACGCAGCAUUCCCUGUCGUGUGGACCUGUCUGUAUACGGGCAUGGGGUAUGGCUCCUACCUGGUGUGGAAAGAGCUGGGAGGUUUCACUGAGGAUGCAUUGGUUCCAUUGGGACUUUAUGGGCUGCAGCUAGCACUGAACUGGUCCUGGACUCCCAUCUUCUUUGGCGCACACAAGCUGAAAUUGGCACUCAUUGAAAUUGUUCUUCUCACGGGUACCGUUGCAGCCACCAUGGUGUCAUGGUAUCCCAUCAGCCGCUCUGCCACACUGCUGAUGGCACCCUACCUGUCCUGGCUGUGCCUCGCCACCUCUCUCAAUUACUGCAUAUGGAGGGACAACAGUGAGGAGAAAGAAGAGUAGGGAGGCAGUUUUGUGUGCUGUUUCCAACUCAUGUUUCUUGUCAUUAAAUUGCUGCACUGUGUCACUGCUUAGCUUUUAUUUUUAGACAUUUAUGUUGGCUAAUGUGAACGU